AUAUAUAUAUAUAUAUAUAUAUAUAGGAUUGGAUCUAUUACGAUUUGUACGUACAUAAGAUCCCUCAACUAAAAUGAGUUAUUUAUCAGUCCAACCACAAGUACCAGCACAGCCAAAGUCGAUAAAGUUACCCUCGAUUCACUCAUUACUGUUGGAUUUGCCAACCGUUAUUCAGUCGACGAACGCUUUACCCACCUAUCAUAACUCGAAUCCGUCGAACUAUUCGUCGUCGAGCCAUUUAAACGUUUCGCCGGUUGGAUCGCCACCAAGAGUGAAUAACUCCAGCUUCAAUCAAUUGGUUAAUGCUGCCACCAGCGAAACCCGAAACCGAAGCUUGAGUGAUCCACUCAGACCCAAAUUGGAAUCGUUGAGUCCAAUUUCAUCUACACCAAUCACCACUACACCAAUUACAAGCACCACUAGCCCAACCCCAAGUACGGUUGAUGUUGCCAAUGAACAUAAACAAGAAAAUAAAAAAUGGAAACCAAGAAAGAAGAGACAAUGUCCUGAGUGCAAAUUAUAUUUUUCUAAUUUGGCAACUCAUAAAUCCACUCAUUUGAAACCAACUUCCAGGCCUCACAUUUGCCAAUACUGCAAUCGGGGGUUUGCCAGACCAAAUGAUUUAUUCAGACAUGUCAAAUGCCAUUGGAAAGAAAUUGGUAGUGACAAGGGCCAAUUCAAAUGUCCUUUUAAACAUCAUUCUCCCGGGGAUUACUGUUGUCAUUCCAGUGGGAUCUUUAGUAGAUGUGAUACUUUCAAAAAUCAUUUAAAAGCAAUCCAUUUCCAGUAUCCAAACGGGACUAAGAAAGAUCAACGUAAUAAAGUUCCUGGCGAAUGUAGAAUGUGUCACGCUCAAUUCAAAAAUGUCGACGAUUGGUUAUUAAACCAUAUUGAAACAAAUGAGUGUCAAUAUGGCGAAUACAAUAAAAACUAGGCUAGCAUACUU